AUGGCGGCCCGUUUUCCAGCUUCUGCCUCAAUGCAGAGAAUGGCGAAUAAUCCACAACAAGCCUCUAUGUUUCAGCGAUCUCAAUUCCAACAGUCACCAUAUGGAAUGACGGUGAGUUUCUGGUUUAUUGAUUACCUUAAUUCUUUGUUAGGUCAUUUGAAAUUAUGUCAAUUGAACACGCACGAGGGAUAUUUUCACAUCACAUUUGUAAAACAAAGUUUUACGGACUUAUUCCUUUAUAGACAAAAAUCCAGUGUUGAUUUAAUUAAGUUUUCCAAAUGGAAUAGUACACAACAUUUAAUUUCCCAAUUAGAAUUUUCAGUUUCCGCUUCUAAAAUAAAUAGUACAUUGAAACCUGCGACCAAGAACCUGCAAUUCCUAUAGGAAAACACAUUUUGCACCUCACAUUUUGUAUUCUUUAUCUAUUUACCAACUAAAAGAAACAACAUUUUCGAUAGGUUUAAGUCUUUUUGGCCUUGUAGUGAACAGAAAAGGGCUUGGAAAGCUUAAACAGGCAUUGUUCAUAAAAAGGACAGGAAAAAAGGGUAACUUUUUUGCACUGUGAUUACUAUAGUGCAUCAUGAGAAAAGCUUGAUUCCAGUGUGUUUUUUAAAGGUCUCUGUUUGUCACCUUUAUUUGAUAAACUUGAGUCUGGAAAGAGAAAUAAUAAUUUUUGUUUUGGAAAAAGUCUGGAAAAAGUCUUGAAUUUUGGAUCCAAAACUCUGUGAAACAUGCACUUUUAAAAGUAGACAAAAAAGUCUGCAAACUGAAAAAGUACCAAAUGGGCAAAAAAGAACCCUUGAAAAUACAUUUGAAUGAGCUGCCCAAAAUUGUCAAUGUGCAUCCACUCUCAUUGGGCUCUUCCUAAACAUGUGAUGUCAUCAGUUUACCAUUAGACAUUACCGUCUAACCUCUCCUUAUAAACACCUCUAUAAUACGGACACGUCUCUAUUACGGACAGUUCAUAUUUAAAAAGGUGGGGAAUCGAAAAGUUAGAAAGUUCUUUGCAUUUGGUUCCAUUUUGCCUUUGUUUCCCUACAAAAGUAACCAAGGAUCAUGCUCAAAAGUAAAAUGCUUGCUCCUUGGCCCCUGGUGGCAGCCCUGCCUUUAAAAAAAUCAGUUGUUGGGUGUUCAGGCCUAUAUAUAAUUCUCGACUGAUAGUCAAUAUCUAUGACAAGUACAAAAAAGUAAAAUAAGAGAACAAAUUGUACUUAACAUUUCAAAAUUUCUGUGUUGUUUGAUCAAGUCUGGAUCUUAAAAACUCAUUGUCACUUAAACGCAACAUUUUGUUAAAGUUCAAGGCUGUGCUCUAAGGCUGUAACACCUAGGGUGCCCGGCAUAUGAUUUGAAUGAAAAAAGUAAGACUUUCAAGUUGCUUGAGAGCAAGAGUUAUAGGAGCGGGGUGAAUAGGCGAAUGGAUCGGCGGAUUUUGAAAAUAUUUUUGCCCAGAUUUCGGAUUCAAAGCGAGAUUUUAACGGAUUUCCGGAUCCUGUAAUUGCAGCAGAUUGCGGAUUCAUCGACUUUUUAGGCCCGGACUUUGGACUUUGCGUGUAAUAAAAAUGUUUUUGCCCGGAUUUCGGAUUCAGGGUGAAAUUUUAACGGCGGAUUUGGCCAAUAAAUCAUAACGGAUCGGCGGAUUUGCAUACCCCUAUUCAGCCCCCUCUUAUAGGCACUAGGAGCCAAUGGGCUCUGCUAGAGAACAGCUCUGAUUAAUUAAAAUAUUUGUGUUUCAUUUUAAUUUGGACCUGUUUGACCCCAGGGGUAAUCCAGAUUUCAAAUGAUGGGGAUAAUUGAAUGGGGGCUAUCACCAACAAUCAUCAUAAUAAUAAUCAUAUACCUUAACUGGUUUGGUGUCAUUUAAAAUGUUGUUUAACUCAAAUGAAUGAUUUUAUACACUUAAUUACUUUGUGCAUUGUUCAAAUCACCAUUGUAAAUUGUGAUUUAUAGUUUAAAUUAAUUUAAGGUUAUAAUUAAUAUAGAUAUUGUUAUUCAAUAUUCUGUCAAAUUUACUCCAAAAAAUAUGCAAAUUAGUGUUAUUUUCUGCUAUACAAAAUGAGCUGUUUUAUUUAGUUUGAUGUAAAACAGGUCUUCCUGCUAUUAUACAAAUUAUAACAUCAGUGGUAUUGUUUUUUUUGUGUGUGUGAAGGCCUCUUUGUGUUAAAUAAAUUACCCAACCAGCAAAAGGCAACAGUAUACAGGUAGUAUACACAUGUUUUUGACGUUAACAAGCUUCUGUUAUGAGUACCAUCACUUGAAUGUAAAUGUAUUACCAUUUUAUUUAUGAAGCAAAGCAAGAAAGUUUACCUUUAAAAGGUCCGGCCUGCAUCCAUGGAUGAUCACGAUCUUCAACUACCUUCAGAUUAAACGAUUUCAACUUGAAAGUUUCAAUAAAAUACAACAGGAUUUUCGUGUUAGAUCAGAGGUACACGGUCAAAUCUCGUACCAAGCCCCUUUCAAGUUUUAGUUUAUGCGCGCACGCUAGGAACUACAAGACUUCUUUUGCUACACUUUUCAUAUUUGUCUUCGUUUCAAAUUCGUCUGAUCCUAGUUCGGUUUAUGACAGUUCGACGACCGAUCUUUCACUCGUGAAUCCAACGUUCCCUUUUGUUGGACACAAGGUUAUGAUUCCACAAAUGAUUUCAUAACAGCAGCGAAUCGCCUGGUGAUGAUUCCAGACACUCACGGUUUCAUACGUUAUGAUUCCACGAAUGAUUUUGAUGUUGCUGAAAAAAUCAUCACUUAUGAUUUAGCAGAACUUCAGUCAUCAUCACAUAUGAUUCCGGGACAAUUUGAUUCGCUUGACAAAAUCAGCGGGCAAUUCUCCCGAUGAUUCUCAAGCCUGUAAAAAUCAUAUAUGCUAAUUCAUGUGCCGUUUAAAAUUCGUCUUUUGAAUUGCAUCGAACGAUUCCACAAGACAAUUUCCUGUGCUAAGUUAGUCUAAACAGGUUCUUAAAAACUUUCACUUAGGCUGCUAAGGUUCUUAAAUAUAGGAUUAUAUUUUCUAAGGAGAAAAAAUGGAUUUUAGAGCACUAGGAGUAUGCAUUGGUAUUCAGCUCAUUCCUUAUCUAAAAUAAGCAUACUAAAUUAGACGGGGGGCGACAACUCUAACAAAGGCUGUUUGGGCAGUCCUAUGAAUAACUUUAUGUCCUCCCGGAAUUUUCGUCGACCCUCCCAAAUUUUUCGGUGCUAUUCCCCAUAAAUGUUUAACUUCCCAAAAUUGUUUUAACAAUUAAAAUUAAAAUUUUGAUUAGAGAUUUUUUGCAGCUUCUUGUUAAUUAUGUAACUUGCUAAUUAUCUAACCUUAGUAAUUUUUUCGUUUAGAGGGUAUCAUGUUAACACAGAAACACUGUCCAACUUUUUAAGUAUAUAAAAUUGUGUUGUUCUGUUUUUUAAUCACCAACGAAUCAGGUGAGCGCCGAAGGGGCCAACCACUAGGGGGGUCUGGGGGCAUGCUCCCCCAGAAAAUUUUGAAAUCUUGUUGCUCUGAAAUGCCAUUUUUAGUGUUCUGAGAGAACAAAUUCUGUCCAAAAUGUUCUCUAAUUCAAUUGUCCUUUUUAUGCUUAUUUUUGUUGGCGUGACUUCGCGAAGAAGUAGUCGAUUUUAUUUUAUACAAGUUGUGCGGUUUUUGAAAUUGCUCCGGAUAUCACUUUCAGCUGAGUAUACUCUGUGUGGUGUCAUUGUAUGAGUAUCAUAGGAAUUCAUUUGAAAAUUUCAGAACAACUGUCAAAAUCUGAAAUUUUCUUAUUCCGAAAGCAUAUUGAUCAGGAUUUGGGAUUCUCGAGCAAACUCGGAAGGACCCCGACGAGAUCAGGAUGAUUAAAGAGUCUUCGCAGACAUACUUCUUUUUAUUGCCUAAUUUGCAUUUAACAAGGUUAAAUGAUUUUCGUUUUUUUCUUACGUACUUCUUUCAAGUUUUCAACUGUUGUUUUAAUUACUGUUGAUAACUGUGUGUCAUGUUUCAAGAGAUCGAAAUACAAACAAAAAGCGCUGUACUCUUCCUAUGGUAAACGUGGUUGUGAUAACUCAUGAGGUGCUUGUCGCCAAACUUCUUCUCUGCCCUACUGUAAGCCUCCCGGAAAUUUCUAAGAACCUCGAUUAGUGUUCGAGCUCUGUAGAUGCCAAAAAUUGCCAGCAUCUGACAUGAAGCAAGGUCUUCUAUGACGGUACUGCAAGGGUGCCACUGACACGGGCGUCCUGGUCGCUGUAUAGAAUGUGUUGUGGGCAAUGGCCAGCGAUCUAUCUAAUUCAUCUGACCAGAUUCUGCUAACAUGUCCACAGUUAUCCAGUGUUGCUUUUAUUAGGGUUGUCACUAAGAUUUCAAGUUGCCAGGUUAACACAACAAGUAGGCGGGGAAAUCAAACAGCUAGGGAUUUCUUUUGGUUCUAUUUUUCUUCUAUUUUCCAAUAAAAGUAGCCGGGGGCCACUCUCUUAGUAGCCGGGGAAAAUCCCCGGCCCCCGGCUCUUAAUGACAACCCUGUUUUAUACUAGUUUGUUUGUGUUUGAUGUGUGAAAAAUGUCAUUUCUAAGGCCAUCAAGGCAUGAUACAUAAAUUAGAUGCGUUAUUUCACUAUUCAGUGGGGCAACUUGGUUACGCUGAAAGACGGGCCUAGAGGGCCUGGAGGUACGUGCUUUGAACGGUACUAGUCGUCCAAUUUCCUUGUCUAGAGGUUGGGAAACCCUUCCCCUUGACAAGUAAAUUUUCCAUUUCCUAAACCUUUCCAGAUAACGAGAUUCUGAGGCUUGUUAAAAUGACAUCUCUUGAGCUCUUGAGGGACUUGGAUAUUACCUCAGCUGUGAUUAACUAUAUUUGUUUCGUAAAUAAAUUCUUUUUACCAUCAGUAAGAAAUCGCGACUCUCUUCGAUUUCAUGCCAUUCUGUUAACCUUUCAAAUGGUUCUCCUCAGGGAGGGCGUAGCUAAGUGAGGGCUGGAGGGAAGGGGGGAGAGAGGAAGAGUCCAUCAAUCUUCCCUCUUCCUCCUCGCACAUUUGAGGAGGUGGUAACCACGACAGGAUCAGCAUCCUUUACAGCCUCUUCUAAGUGCAUUAAUACGGGCACCAUAACAUCUCAGAAAAACCAACUACCUAGUACCCAGAACCAUUGCUCAAAUGUCUUUCAAGUCAGACUUAGCCAUCCUUUUGUGAGCUUCCAAAAUUUUUUGUUUCCCUUAAAUUCAUCUUUGUAUUCUUCUAACAAAUCUUGCCUUAGCCAGAAACACACAUAGUGGCGAUGUUCCAUUUUCGAAAAAACUUUUCGGCUAUUAUAAAGAACAUGCUAACGCGUGCUGCUAUAUUUUGACUAGUUGCUCAGGGAAAAUGUGGAAAACGUCAUAACACACCGUAAAAGUCCAACUUGCAUUUUCACUUUCCUGUUGUGGUUUAUCGGCUUUCUUUUACUGACACAUUUAUUUUACAGCUAUUACUUCCUUCUCCAGUAUGCAAUCAGUGGAAUGUGCUCUUACCUCGUUAACGUGCAGCGUAAAAAUACCCCUGAACUAAUAAAUGAUAUGAUCUGGUGUGAACUGAUAGUAUGUGCCUUGCACCGGUACUGUUCUUGUGUCAAGCCGCUGGGGAUUCCACGUGGUCAAUCGCAUUCGAGCUUCAUGCUAUUUUAGUUGGAAACGUUGCUGAUUUGUCUUUUCAUAUCAUAGGGAAUUAAGCCGUUUUCAAGUGUCAAAAUACAUAAAAUACAGCGCAUACACAGGGUGCAUAUCACUGAAUAUACAGUGUAUAUAUUGUUUGGUAAUAUCAAAUCUUUGCUCAAUGUCCCGAAAACAUCUCAUAUUUCCCGAAACAUAUCCCAGGUUUCCCGAUUCCCGGCAAAAUCUCCAGAUUCCCGGAAUAAAUUUGUUUUUCUCCCGAAACAGCCCUUGUUAGAGCUGUCACCCCUCGUAAAUUAGUAUUUAUGUAAAACUGACCAUAAGAAGAAGUACUGAUCACAACUGACCAUAUGAAUUUGAAAUCCUCCUUCAGAACAAAACGUACAUGUAUUGUAAUACCUUAUCUCAUUUUCCCAAGUUUUCAGGUUUUUUGGGGUAGAUUUUAGAAAAUAAGAACCUGUUUCAAAUUUAAGGCUAAUCAGGUUCUUGUACAUGUAGAGGAGGCCUAACUGGAAAAAGAGGCCCUCUAACUGAGGGGGGGUGGGGGAACAUAAUGUCCCUAGUCUGAAUUUCAUAUUCGGUCAUGUUGCAUUUUACGUAGUAGGCCAUGUCACUCUUGGUACUUAACCCAUCAUUACAGUAUGUCAUUUGUCACCUUUUUAUCCAGUCUUAUGUCACUGUUUCAAGGCCAUUUUGCUUGUCAGAAUUUUACCCUAAUGAGUCCUCACAAAUUUUGCCUUAGUCGCAGGUUUUAACUGUAAUAAGUGCCUAACGUCUACUAUCCAAAUUUGCCAGUGUUAUAAUGAUUAUCUUGCAGGAUCUGUUAUGUUAAGUAAGCCAAAUGUAAUGUAACAAUCAUAAUUUUGACUUUUAAGGAUAUUAGCUUAGAAAUAUUCUAGCAUUGUAAAAAAGUAACUUUGGCUGCGAUUACGUAACAAGUCAGUCUUUUUGGAAACAGCAAAAAAUGAGGAUCCCUAAGCUCUUUGAGGAGAUAGUGUCUCAAAGUUAUCCCUGAUUAUGAGAUCAUUUACAUCCUGCAUCAACCCAUUGUGUCUGUAGCAACUAGGUGUUGGACAAAUAAUAUUAAAACUUUAUUUUUGCUAUACCAGCGUCCAGCUAACAGCUCAAGUGCUGCCAUGUCAAUGCGUGUACAGGGAACUUCAGGUAUGCAUGCUUAUGGCCCAAAUGUUCCAAGAGCAGGCCUGGUACCUGGAGCAGCAGCAGCAUUGGAGCAGGCAAGGCGACGACAGGAUGCCAAGAACAGAAGAAGGUAAAAACUUCGUCAAAAUUAAUUGGUGAAAAAUAAGCUCCAAAAAAUAAUAAUGAUUCAAAAAAUUUAAUUUUAAAUGAGUUAAAUAAUAAUUCAUUUAUCCACAUCUACCCCCUUGACCUUUCGAUUCAGAGUUACAGUGUAUAAUGACUGCACAGUGUAGAGGGGCAUUUGUAUUACAACCUCUUACAGUUGAAAUUCUAUUGUAUGAAAUGGUGCUUUAGAAUAUCAUUUUUAUAGUUUAAGCCCUUUCAAAAUGAAUUUAAUUUUGUUGUUCUUUAUUACAAUUAUUAUUUUUAUUUUUAUUACCUCAAGUUCAUAAAUAAACAUGAAUUUCAGUAUUAAUGUACUUUAUAGUGGUAUUAUGAGAAAUAUGUUUUUAAGGUUCCAUGUUGUUUUACAAUAAUGUGUAAGUAUAAUAUUAUAUUAACUAUAGGGACUCUUUGUUCUUUUAAGGAAGAAGAAAAUGUCAGACAAGAUCUUGCCUCAAAGGGUGAGCAGUAUUUAACAAGUUAAAAAACAGUGCAGGUUACAUGUAUCUAAUUUUGAUUUGCUCUGAUUAAGGGCUAGUGCUCAAAACAUCAGCUUUUCAACAACUUACAGUAGUAAAUUGACUUAAAGGGGCUACACUGUAUGUCAUACCAUUUGUUAUCUUGUUAAAGCUAAAAUGUGUUUUUCAAUCAAUUGAAUUCCAAAAAUAAUGGCCUAGUUUUGUUAUUUAGGACUAUAUUUAGGCAUUGCAACUGUUUCUCGUUGUCUGUUGCAACAGAUGGCAAAGAUGGACAUUGAUUCAAAAUUGAAAACAUUGGGCCAACUUAUUCGAGUUUUAAUGCUAUUCCUGCAAAAAUCACCAGGCCCCAAUUGUUCAAACGCUGGCUAGCGCUAUCCACCGGAUGAAUCACUAGCCAAUGGAUAAGUAUUAGGGAAAUUAAUAAUAUUAUUGCACUAUGCACUGGAUAGAGAUUUAUCUGCUGGAUAUCGCUAUCCACCUUUUUUAACAUCUGGGGCCAGAAGAAUUAUUAUGGUUAAGGCUUCUGGUGAAGUUUGUUUGAUAUCUUCCUCGUAUCGGUAAUGGGGCAUUUUGUAUACAGGUAAAGGCACUGAGUAAUGACUUCAGCACAGAACUGACUUACUGCGUUUUUCACAAACAUGCGAAUUGUGAAGUUCAAAAGCCAACUAACGAUUGCGUUUUUCGGUGCCGUCAAUCAUCUUAGCGGACCUCUUAAGAAAACAAAACUUUACUUUAACGGGUUCAAAAGGUCAUGGUUUGUGAUUUGUGAUUGGUUGAUUUCAAUCCGUUUUGUGUGUUUCUGUGUGUUUCAAGGUUCGUUACUUGUGAUCGUAAUUAUGAUUGACGGCAGCGAAAAACACAAUAAAUUGUGAAGGUGGCUUAUGAACUUUAGAGUUCGCAUGUUUGUGAAAAGCGCAGUAAAGCAGCAAUACCCUCAUAAGCCCUAUAAAUCAUCUUAGUUGAUAAAAACCUCUGUUGAUUAGAAGGCAAUUUAUUCCGGUCAAUGGAGCUUCGCAUCCUGAGAGCCCUGCUAAAGCCUGGUAUCUAAUAACAGACUGUUCAUCUUCUUAAGGACUGGACAAUUUUUUAUUCGUAUUGUUAGAUUUUUGUCAUUGACAUGUAGGUCUAAAUAUUGUUAUUUUAAGGUAAGAGACCUUGUACCCGAGUCCCAAGCUUACAUGGACCUGCUAGCAUUUGAAAGGAAGCUCGAUGCUACAAUAAUGCGUAAGAGAUUAGACAUUCAAGAAGCUUUGAAAAGACCAAUGAAGGUAGGAUAGAGAACCAAAAUGUAAAUGUGCAACCUCUAAAUGAUUAUUUAUUUUAAAACAAUUUAGUGAUUCUUCAUCCUCCAUUAUUCCUGAUCAAAUUUGAAUUUUCGAAAGUUGGUGUUCAUGGAGAUGGGAAAACUGGAGUACCUGGAGAAAAAGGUCUCAGGGCAAAGAAGAGAACCUACCACAAACUUGACCCACAUGAGGUAUUGGCUCUGGCCCUGGAAUCCAUCAGACCAUUUUUAAGCAUAUGUGCCAACAACUCUCCUGGAUUAUCCGGGAGUCUCUCGGAUAUGACACCAAUCUCUUGGUCUCCCAUAUGGGUCACCAAAUCUCCCGUAUAAAAUUGAGUCAUUAGCUUUUCUGUGCUUUAAUUUCGAAUUUAUCCCAUUUUCUCCGAAAAUUCAAAUUUUCUUUGAUUUAUAGUUUGGUUUCUGGGGCAUUUUUGUACGUAUUUCACCACUGACAAAGAUGAAUUCGCCAUUACAAUCAUAAAAGCGAAUUGUGAUGGUCUGUACCUCGUGUAAGACUUCAUGUAAUGUCCUAAGCCAUCCCAUGUGAUGAAUCAGGGACUGGAUCGAAUUGUGUUUAUCAGGUGGUCGGAGUCGGGGCUGGGGGGUUGGUUGUUGCUGUUCGGGAGGGUAAUGCAAAAAGGACAGUCUUCUGUCUACAUUUCCAGAGGUUCACAUCUCUGUAUAAGAGGAGUCAGAGCUCUUGCCACUGUUCCUUCCUUUUCCCCUUCCUCUUGCUACCCUUGCUACCCUUGCUGAUCCCCUGUAUAGGCUGUCAUUGUGUGCUACCACAUUGUUACUCAAAAAGAAGCUGUGUCCUGUAAUGUCUCCAUCUAAGCAUACAUAAAGUGAUGCCUUCUAUGCAUGUUGCAUCCAAUUCCAGGUGUGUGUGUGUCUGUGUGUGAAGAGGGCAGCGUUAAUUGACUAGAACUUACACGUAAACACAUUUAUCAUACUGUAUAUUUUAUUUACAGCAAAAGAAGAAGCUUAGAAUUUACCUGACGACUAACUUUUAUGUGCCAAGACCAGAAAAUGAAGUAAGCUACUAGAUCUAAUAGUUUUUGCAAAGGUUGAAGCAAUAUUGUAUGAAUAUUACAAGCUUAAAGAAAGCACAACUGCAUACAUGUUGUAAGACUCUAACUAUAUGUUAUAGUAAUUGAGGUAAUAAUUUAUUUUCUUUAUCCUAAAGCGACUCUUUUUAAUCAAACUUGUACCAUAAAUAGCUUUGCAUUGUUUUCAGGAUGAAGAGAACAUUGUCCCUUCAUGGGAAUUGAGAGUUGAAGGUCGACUUUUAGAGGAGGUAAUGUUCAUGGCAAUUACGGUCAGGAUGCUUUACUUUACACAGUAGUUUUUAGUUUAACAACAACCCAUACAGAUAUAAUACGUGGCAGUCCUAAAAAUUCUGAUGUUUAUGUAAAAGAAUUCAGACAUGAGUCAAUAACAAGUUUUGAUUGACUUGUUUUACUUAUGUAAACAGGCCUGAGUGUGGAUGAAUGUAUCUUUUAAAAAGAUAUAAGGCUGAAAUCUGUGUUGGCUUGAAAGUUGUACCUGCACAGAACUUCAUUGUGCAGCCACCUCAAGUGAAAAACUGUGUAUCCAAACCAAGUCCUAGGCGUUAAGCACUAUAGCUCUUUGGACACUUCUCGCAAGUGAUCACUUCCUCCCUUUUAAGCAAGCACCAAAUCAUGGCAUUUUCAGUUGCCACUUACUGUAUUUGUUUUUCAUACAUUUUUGCAUUUUGUUGGUCUUGGUAGUGACAGGCUUAAGGUGAAAUGGAGUUUUUGGAGCACAUUUAUUUUUCAUGUAUCAUUGUAUUGUGGUUAAGAUGGUCUUAAGGUGCUGAAAAUAGUAUUUCCUUUUUUCCAGACUCAAGCCCCCAAAACAGAUGGCCCCAGGCAGAAACGCAAGUUCUCUACUUAUUUCAAGAGUCUUGUUAUUGAGUUGGAUAGAGAGCUAUAUGGUCCAGAUAACCACCUUGUAGAGGUAUCAAGUGCUUUAAAUAAUGGUAAUGGGACUGAGUGGAGACCAAUUUGAUCUGUAAUCAUACAAGUGAUUAACAAAAUAUGCAGUCGUCCAAUUUGUUUAAUCACAAGUAUGAUUACAGAUCAAAUUGGAUGACAUGAAGUUCUGUUACCAAUUAAUAAUAACUAUAACAAAAUUAGCUACAUUUUAUUUUUUUUCUAAUUAAAACACAAGAAAUUCUGAGAAAUUUUUUGGUAGCAGUGAAAAAAGCCAUUUACGCGCAUGUGUGGGAGCGAUGGUGCAUACUGUCCGAUUACUUAGGCAUGAUGCGUAAUGACCUAUUAGUGCUGAAAUCAGGACAGUUGAUAGCCAGUCAAAUCUGAGAAUUUAGUUAUAGUUAUGAUUAAAAAAGAAAUAUGCCAUUAAACCCACUUAACAUCUGUUAUAAUAUAACAUCUUUAUUUUAAUAAAAUUAAAUAUUAUACUAUAUUAAAUUUUUAUCGAGUUGUCAGUUUUCUGUGUUGCUGAGAAAACCUUUAGUGAUGUUGUGUUCUUGUUUACAGUGGCAUAGAACAAGUUCCACCCAAGAGACAGAUGGCUUUCAGGUAUCCAUUCUUUCCCUUUUCUUCCAAAGCUGUGACACCUGUUGUGUCAUUUGACAAUUUUGGUGUAACGAGCAAAAGCUGUUCAGGUGCCACUUAAAGUUAUACCCAGUCAGUUGCAAGUUUAAUUUAUUGGUGUUGACCUUUUAGAAUUCAAAUUAAAUUAUGAUGUACAAUACUGGUACUUACUAAGUGCAUGGCAGGGUAUUAUUAUAAAGAAGCUAACUUCAGUUUCAGAAACAGUAGAAAAUCAGUGAACCUUGCUUGAAAUGUUUGUGUUAAAAGAAUCAAGACAAAGCAGUCAAUGUGAGUUUGUUAAAAUUGCCUCAACUACAGGUACUAAACAGUACCCCUGUCCUUAAUAUUUUUUUCUUAUGAUUUCAAGGUGAAAAGGCCAGGAGAAGAAAAUGUGAAAUGUACGAUCAUGUUCUUGUUGGAUUAUCAGGUGAGUUCUUCACUUACCUGGUCAUGGACAUGAAAAUGUUUGUCACUGCUUCAAAUACAUGUAUCUUCAAUGGUUCUAAUCUAAUUGGAAGUGUUUAGUACUCGAGGUAAUUAAUUUGUUCAUGUUUGUGGUAGUCUUGUACAAAGGGAUGAUUAAGACAGUAUUAAAAAUGAACAAUAUUAUACUGUUUUUCCAUGUCAUAAAUAAAGUUAUGGAGGGUUGGAAGUAAUGUUUCUUUUCAGAAAGUGACCAUUUUACCCAGACAGGUCAGAAAGGUUGUCAGAAAUUCAUCAUAUUUUCUUUCACCCUAUAAGCUCAAAUCUCCACCUACAAAUUCUCCAGACAGAUUUUCAUACAUUUCCUUAUGGAAUAAGUUGAAAGAAUUUAAUAAAAGACCAAAGCAGUUCCCCUUUGGCGAUCAUUUUAUUAUUCUUUAUAACCUUUCACCUUGAUGAUAUGUUGAUACUGUUAACAGUAAUUUGAUGUUGGUCAUUCUUGGGACUUAAGUAUGCAUUUCUCCAGCUUCAAAAAUUCCGAAAAUAAGCCCUUCCACGUAUAAGCCCCUCAAACCCGUAACGCAAAAAACCCCUCAUUUAAUGGCCCCUCCGAAUAUAAGCCCCCGGGGGCUUGUACGUGAAAACAGUGCCCUCAGAUACAAAGUAAAACAAAGAAAAAGUUGUAAAUUUCCUUCCAACCAUAAGCUAGCAUAAUCAAUUUUGAACCGCAAAUUUCCCUCUGUACAUAAGCCCCUCCAAAAAUAAGCCCUUCAAAAUGGGCCUUUGAAAAAUAUAAGCCCUGGGUCGUAUUUUCGGAAUUUUACGGUAUCAUUCGGGUA